GCCAGAGCAGCUGCAGUUCACAUCUCAGUCAGUACCUAGCAGAGCUGCUGGUGCCUCCACAGAACAUCUCCUGAGCGCUGCCCCUGGCUGACUAAGGUGAGGCACCAAUACAGGGACUUCCCAGCCACAGGCCCUGACUUGGGCACACGGCUGAGUCUUGCCUCCUGACUUCAUCUUCCUUGACAAGUGACCCCUGAGACGAGUCACUGGGCACCCCUGCAGCCUCCUUCUAUGACUCCGUCUGGAUUUGGCUGGUUGUGGGGACAAGCUCCAAGGGGCCGUGUGGGUCUCAGUGCAGCAGUAGCAGCCAGCUCUCCAGGCACCAUGGUGAAUGCCGGGAACUGAGGGGACAGCCUCUGCAGCCUCUGUGGAGGCACUAGGGACAGGAUGGAGAAUAAAGCCAUGUACCUGCACACCGUGAGCGACCGCGACACCGGUUCCAUCUUUGAGGAGCCCUUUGACGGCAGGAGCCUGUCCAAGCUGAACCUGUGCGAGGAUGGUCCAUGCCAGAAACGAAGGGCCGGUGGCUGCUGCACCCAGCUGGGCUCUCUGUCAGCCCUGAAGCAUGCUGUCCUGGGGCUCUACCUGCUGGUCUUCCUGAUUCUCGUGGGCAUCUUCAUCUUAGCAGUGUCCAGGCCCCGGAGCUCCCCAGAUGACCUGAAGGCGCUGACUCGCAACGUGAACCGGCUGAACGAGAGCUUCCGGGACUUGCAGCUACGGCUGCUGCAGGCUCCGCUGCAGGCAGACCUGACGGAGCAGGUGUGGAAGGUGCAGGACGCGCUGCAGAACCAGUCGGACUCACUGCUGGCGCUGGCUGGUGCAGUGCAGCGGCUGGAGGGUGCGCUGUGGGGGCUGCAGGCGCAGGCAGCGCAGACAGAGCAGGCGAUGGCCCUGCUGCGGGACCGCACAGGCCAGCAGAGCGACGCAGCGCAACUGGAGCUCUACCAGCUGCAGGUGGAGAGCAAUCGCAGCCAGCUGCUGCUGGGGCGUCACGCGGGCCUGCUCGACAGGCUGGCGCGCAGGAUGGGUGUCCUGGGCGAGGAGCUGGCCGAUGUGGGUGGUGCCCUGCGCGGCCUCAACUACAGCCUGUCCUACGACGUGGCCCUCCACAGCACACGGCUGCAGGACCUGCAGGUGCUGGUGAGCAAUGCCAGCGAGGACACACGCCGCAUGCGCCUGGUGCACAUGGGCAUGGAGCUGCAGCUCAAGCAGGAGCUGGCCAUGCUCAACACCAUCACGGAGGACCUGCGCCUCAAGGACUGGGAACACUCCAUUGCUCUGAGGAACAUCUCCCUAGCCAAAGGACCACCCGGCCCCAAAGGUGAUCAGGGUGACGAAGGGAAGGAAGGCGAGCCUGGAAUCCCUGGAUUACCUGGACUUCGAGGUCUGCCAGGAGAGAGAGGAACCCCAGGACUGCCUGGCCCCAAAGGCGAUGAUGGAGAGCCGGGAGCUACAGGAGCAAUGGGCAUGCGUGGGUUCAAAGGCGACCGAGGCCCAAAAGGAGAAAAAGGAGAGAAAGGAGACAGGGCGGGAGAUACCAGUGGCUUGGAGGCGUUGAUGGUCCGGCUGGUGAACGGCUCGGGCCCGCAUGAGGGCCGCGUGGAGGUGUACCAUGAGCGGCGCUGGGGCACCGUGUGUGAUGAUGGCUGGGACAAGAAGGACGGGGACGUGGUGUGCCGCAUGCUGGGCUUCCGUGGCGCACAGGAAGUGGCCCGGACGGCUAGAUUUGGGCAAGGCACAGGGAGGAUUUGGAUGGAUGAUGUCGCCUGCAAGGGCACAGAGGAUAGCAUCUUCAGCUGUACCUUCUCCAAAUGGGGGGUGACAAACUGCGGACAUGCUGAGGAUGCCGGAGUGACAUGCAGCAGACACUGAAAGUGGCACAGCCAAGGUCCAGACCCUACUGCCCAGCCUCCUUCAUGCAUUCCUGGGGUGGGGCCAUGGCUUGGGGCUCUCCUAAUGACACCUCUUCCCUGCCCAGUCCAGCAGCCCCUUACCCCACUAUCCUUAUCCCAGGACCAUGGUGGCCUGUUGUCAUUCUCCUCUUGGACCUCUGCUCCAAAUAACUCUGGGAUCUACUGCCUGUCUCUCCCUUCCACCAGAGUUCCUGUAUGUGGAGCCCUGGUCAACUGGAUUGCUAUGUUGCCUGGCCUCCUAAACACCAUGCAUCAGGCCUUAAUAUCCAUGUGCCCAUUGGUCUGUCAGUUACAGGUGAAUUCUGAGAGUGUGUUGAAGACAAAUGCUGCCAUGAAGAUGGGAGGGAGUUAUAACAGAUCAGUCACUUUUUAGAUAAUUCCCAAACCUCAGUUAGGCCAAGAGUUUUGACAUCUCUUCCUUUCCGGCAAGAGACAAUACUGAAGAUUCAUUUUUCUCUCUUUACUCUGCCUCUGCACACUUUGGUUAGUUUGGGGAAGUGACACAAAGAGGCCAGCUGUAGGAAGGAGAGGGAAAUGCAAGUCACCUGCAGGAAUUCAUCUGGAUUUGGAGAAGUGGAGUGAAACUAACAUUUAUUGAGUGACUGCCAUGUGUGCUACAUAGUAUCUUGAGUGCUAAAUUCAUUUAUCCACUUUGCUGCAUUUCUCCAAGGCAUGUUAGCUUAGGUAAGUAAGACCUUACCUCCAGGUAGCACUCAACUGACCCAUUCACCUGGCCUAUAAGUCAAAAAAUCGAGAAUGACGGAGACCAUUGUUUCCACCUGAACCUUAGAGUGCCUUUGCUAGGCUUAAGCAAAAACUCUGGUGCAAGACCUGUGUUACUAGAAGGUUACAUAUGCCAAAACCUAUGGGGUGUGACUGUGUGAUCAGACAUGACUGGCUUCAAUGCCAACCAUCCCCAUAGGAAGAAAGGUGGUUUGGAGGGUGACAUGGGGGCUGUUGGGGUUAAACUGAGACCAACACUCAGUCAUCUGUCAGUCAGGGUUAAAGCCAAGUCACCCGUGUCUUAGAGCUGUUUGGAGGUGAUGAUAUUGAACCUUCCAGGCCUCUUUGGGUGUAAUCCUGUGGUCAGGAGAACACAUAACCUGAUGCGUCCUAGAGGCAUAGAAAGAAAUGGGAUUCCUUAUCAUCUCCAGGGAAAGAAAGGGCCCUGGGCCUCUGCGAAUCGUCAACCUAUACCCCUCUCCUAGUGGCAGGAGGAUCUUAUUCUGCUUUUGACACAAGGAAAAGGUCAACCUGGGCCACCUAUGUGUUCUAGGACUAGGGGGUCUACAUGGUAGCAUAGGAGCACAGACCCACCUCGCCUGCGGGAGUCACAAACUCACAGGCCUCGGAUACACAGUCACCUGUCAUGUUGGGUGAGCAUCAGCUUGCCUGGGGACACCGGCACCUGGGACCCUCCAGGUGUGGGACCAGCAAAGUUCUUGGCUGACAACUAAACCCAUCUGUGCUAUUGGUUGUUCUUUGCUUACAGUAUGCUUGUUAUUCAUUAAUGUCCUAAUGAUCAGAGACUCUCCUUCUGACCAAUUGCUAUGUUUACAUAACACGCAUGUACUCAUGCAUUUUUUCCCCAGAGCCUAUAUAUAUAUAUAUGCAUAUAUAAACAUGGCACUGUUUACUGCAUAGCUCAGCACAUUGCAAAGUUUGUAUUAAAAAAAAUUACCAGAGGUGGAAAGAUGUCACAUUAAAUGAAAUAGAUUCCCAGAAUAGUUCUGGCAAAGAACCCAGUUAUGCCACCGAUGAAGACCUGUGUAACAAACAGUCUUACGUGGUCCUUUCAUUUGGAAAAAUGUUGUCUUGUUUUACAUCAAAUAAAAAUGAUGGUGAUAAGUGUUUGAAACUUAAAAUAAAAGUCUUACUAGUUUACAUACCUACUUAAGAGGACAUGGAAAUCACCAUGGACCUGUAUUUCAGGGACUAAAAGAAAUUAGGCCUGGCCUAAAAUACAUGAGACCUUUUGUAAGGAAGAAUUUCAAUAAAGCUAAAAACAUGUCAC